AUGGUCCUUCAAGACUGCAGAGUUAAGCCCACGGAGCUGAUCACAUGUCACUUGGCCCUUGUCCAUAUUGUGAUGCUACUCGUUGCAUUAGAUUUCUUGUCUCCAGACAUGUUUGAGUCACUGAAUUUACACAAUGACUUUAAAUGCAAGAUAUUGUUUUACCUGAGCAGGGUGAUGAGGGGCCUCUCCAUCUGUAUCACCUGCUUCCUGAGUGUGCUGCAGGCCACCACCAUCAGCCCAUACACAGACUGGAUGGAUAAAAUCAAGCACAUACUUACAAAUUACAUCAUCCAUAUUUUCUUGUUUUUUUGGUCCCUCAAUUUGUCUUUAAGUAGUAAUAUCAUCUUGUUCACUGUAGCUUAUUCCAACACAAGCCAGACAAAUUUGCUUGUUGUCAGUAAAUACUGCUCACUAUCUCCAACUACUUCCAUCAUAAAGGGACUGUUUUUCAUUUUGACAUUUUCCAGGGAUGUCUUCUUUGUGGGACUCAUGCUGUUCUCUAGUGUAUACAUGGUGCUUCUGUUGUUCUGGCAUCAUAGGCGAUCACAGCAUCUCCACAGAAGCAGCCUCUCUGCAAGACGCUCCCCAGAGCAAAGAGCCACCUGGACUGUCCUGGUUCUGGUGAGUGUCUUUGUGGUCACAUACUGGAUGAACCUCAUCAUUUCAUCCCAUUCAAGAUUGCUCUGGAGGUAUGACUCAGUCCUUCUGAGUCUACAGAAAUUUGUACUCAAUGCCUAUGCUACUGCAUGUCCAGUGAUACAAAUGACUUUCCAGAAGAGAACACAUGAUAUGGUGCGACUCAUGUACUGGAAAUAUAGUCACUUCAUUACAAGAUAA